CGAUAGUGGAAGUGGUUUUGUCCUCAUGAAUCCUGGUGGAAUCAUGAUCGUGAGAGCAGAUGACACAGGAACUGUCAUUCUUAAAUUGAGACAACUCACUGCUCUUCUACUGCCUCAUUGCAGUCGGCAUUUGCCGGGACCCUGCAGAUGGCGGUGUUUGAGCCAUUUUCGCAUUUCGACGAAUGAGCACGACAAGUCGACAACCAGAUUUCACUUUUAAACUGGAGGAGGUGCUUCGACUCCGACUGGACUUGGGCUGUUCAUCGCUGCAUCGUGGCUCUUGGGCGAGGCGGCCGCCUGAGCUCAGUGCACUCAACAAUGCGUGACGGCUCGUCCCGCGCUUCAACAUGCCAUCCUCUUUUGUCCAGCUCUCGGCUGCCCCGAAGAAAGGAAAGUCGAUAAGAUCAGCGUUUGAGAGCGAUGGAACCAUCCACGUCGAUGGCCUGGUGGGCUCCGCAACCAUCUCCCCCUCGGGCCGAGAUGCCUGAAGGUCUUGCCAUCAUCGACCUGGACUCACCCUGGAGUCCCCCGCGGAGGCUGAGCAGUCACGGCCUUCCAUGGCUUGUUGUGGACGUGCAGUGGUCACCGUUUGCGGCCCGCGACUACUGGGUUGCAUCCACGGCAAAUCAUCGCUGCCUCGUAUGGAAUCUCAAUAAGCGGGACGACUCGUCAUCGGGCGCCAUUGAGCAUUCCCUCCAGGCCCACAGUAGAGCCAUCACCGAUAUCAACUUCUCUGCUCACCACCCAGAUUCCCUUGCCACCUGCGCGGUAGAUGGCUACGUGUACUGUUGGGAUCUGCGGAGGCCGAGGCAGCCUGUGCUCGCCUUUUGCGAUUGGUUUGCCGGCGCCACUCAGGUCAAGUACAAUCGUCAGGACCCAUUCGUCCUGGCCUCUGCUCAUGACCGCUGGCUUCACAUCUGGGAUAUCAGGCGAGCCGCUGAGCCCCUCAAGACCAUCAGCGCCCAUACGUCCAAGAUCUAUGGUAUCGAUUGGAACCGCACCAAAUCAACCUGCAUCGUUACCUGCUCUCUGGACAAGAGCAUCAAGUUCUGGGACUACGCCGAGAAUGAUGAGGCGCCCCGGAGAGUCAUUCGCACCGAUUUCCCGGUAUGGCGAGCUCGACAUACGCCUUUUGGCCACGGGCUACUCGCCAUGCCACAAACAGAGCCAGGCAACCUAUUCCUAUAUGACCAACGCCCCGACCCCGAAACUCCCAUGGAUGGCACCGUCAAGCCCGUGGCUGUCUUUCCCGGACAUGGCAGCCACAAGGCCAAGGAGUUCCUCUGGCGAAGCCGCGGUGGUGUAAGCAACGAAGGGAUCGAUAACCGGGAGUUCCAGCUGGUUUCUUGGGGCGAAGACAACGAGCUCCGCCUUCACAAGGUUGAACAUGAGCUUCUAGAAUCUGUGGGCCACGUCCGAGGCGCCCCACUGAUGAAGAACCUCAUCCUCACUCGCAAAGGUGCCACCUACAAGACCUUCCGCACUGUUGACGAUGCUGUCCACCGAGAUCGCAGGAACCCCACCAUGAGCGAUUGUCCAGGGAAUGUUGGGCAACUACGCCAGAGUGCUCUCAGUAUCGGCCUGGACACAGGCCUUCGUCGGGUCGGGCCAUCUUGGCGAGCCACGUCCAUGAAGGCGAAGACAAACACCAACAAGCACGUGGAUAAGACCCAGCUGCAAAUUGGUUGGAUGAAGGGCAUAACCAUGUCAAAACGGAAGUCCAAAUCCGAUGCCUCCGGACGCCCAGGUCCAGACGACUCUGGUCUGUUUGGUCCUGGUUACGAUAACGGCUGGGGCGAACCCGACGCAAUCCAGGACGAGUUCCUGCGUAUCAGCAGCCAACUUCCAAACGUCAAGUGGGAUAACAUCGACUGGGACAGCCUCACGCUGAAUGCCUCGCUGAAGGGGCCAUGGGGCGUCAAUCGUGAGACUAUCUUCAUCAAGGUGAAGGUGGAUAUUCCUACCAGCUAUCCCAAGACCAAGGCGCCCAAAUUCUACGUCGAGAAGUCAUCUUUCAUGCCGGACGAGACACACCGAAAACUAGAACAUGAACUUCAUGAACUGGCACAUCGUUUUCUGCUGCGAAAGCAGAACUGCCUUUACACGGCCUUCAUCUAUCUGCUUGGCGAGGCCGACCUCGAGACCAGCACUUCGUUUUUCCAUAACGUCCGAGACUUUGACGACGACACGGACGGGCUGGCUGACGAGAGUUCCAGCGAGGAGGAUGAGAACGACAACCCUACGGGUGGUUCCGUAUCCAUGUCGCAGGAACUCAGCAGCAGCACCGAAUUAGGCCCUUCGGCGACCCUGGUCUCAACUCAGCGGCAGGCUGUUACUCCACUGCCUAUGUUCUGCGGAGCCCGGUUUUCCAACGAUGGCAGGGCCUUGUUCGCGCUUCCACACCCAGACUCCUCCAAGGAGCGGCCGAAAGGAGAGCCCACAUUUGCUGGCUUUGGACGUCUUUCCCACGGCUCGCCACCUCCUAAGCAGCGCUUCCAUGACGAAACGUCUGCAACGGACGAACAGUCGGGAGAAUCAGAUGACUCAGAGUCGACAACGUCGACUGACUCGGAGCCGACAACGGUGCACAAGAUCAAUCCGUGCGCCAAUGAGUCUAUACGCUCCAGUGGCGGUGGGACCGGCGCUGGUACUGGAACUGGAACUGGCACGGGAACGAGUCGGAAAAGGCCCGGUAAACCCAAGAACGUCAAGCAGUUUGCUCAGGAAUACGCCAUCUUCGGUGAAGGGGCUGAUGUGUGCAGCCACAACGCCGCCGUUGCCGAGAAAUACGGAUACCAGGAUCUUGUCCAUAUCUGGAAGUAUGCUGCCCUUCUGCUUCGAAGAGAUAUCCCCCUCGAAAUACACGACCUUCACCACAGCGGCCAACCUAUUCUUGUCAUCGCCAAGGACGCGGCUGCGAUCUUUGGGUCCAGUCUGGCCGGUCAUUUGAUCAGCGAUCUCUUUGACUAUUUUGAGAGGAUUGCCGACAUUCAGAUGUUAGCCAUGCUGGCAUGCAUAUUUGGCGACUACUCGAUCGAGGAGGAAGCAGCCAUAGCAGCAUCCCAUCUUCCCCAGCCCAAGACGCCGCUACCGAUGAAAGCGCCCUCGUUUUCGCUCGAGUAUUUCCCGACCGAUCCGGCACUCUGGAACUUGAACUACAAGACCCUGACGCCGGCCAAGUCGGGCUCAAUCGAACCUAGGUCGCACUCAUACUCAUGUGGAGAAACGCCACCCAAUCCUGCCCGGGAACAUCUCCGAGAGAUGAGCCAGACACAAAGUCUGUCUACAUCUCCCAGCAACAGCCUCCCCCGAGCGCUUGCUGGAAUCAGGCUCAGCCCAGUCGCUUGGGCUGGCUCGAGCAUGUCUGGCACUGGCCCCGAUACCCCCGGAACAUCGCGCACUUCCUUUUCGGAUGAUGAGUACUGGAAGGACGACCUCUUCUCCAUGGUUCCAGUAGCCGUGUCGUGCAUCCCGGAAAACCAAGGCCUCUUUGACGACGACGGUUGGAUGUCGACUCCCUUGAUCGACCGCAGCCAUUUCCAACUGUACUCUAGCUACCGCUACACCUACGCCGAGAUGCUCCAAAUGUGGAGUCAGCCCCUAUCCCGCCUCGAGAUCAUGAAAUUCGACGUUCUCAGAGAAGACAAGCUCCCCGCCAGUGGAGCCACAGCCAGCAAGUACCCGGAGGACUCGGCACCAAACAACUCCCCCUUUUACCCGGCGGGUGCCACAUCUCCCACCUCUCCCUUCGCCGACCGCAGGGGCUUCUUCCAAGAACUCCUCACAUCAGGGCGGGGCGUAGACAUCACAGGCUUCUGCCGCGUCCACCCGGGCGUCCCUCUCGAACCGGCAGAGUACCUGCGUCCGCCGCCGCCCACCCCCACCACCCCUGCCGCCACCAGCAGCAGCAGCAUCAACCAUACCCCCGUCGUCAACGGCGCGCACGCCGACCUGGUGCCCCAGACCGAGAUGGAGUGCGUCUACUGCUGGGAGCCCGUCAUCGGCCUGUACACGCCCUGCCUGGCGUGCGGGUGCUGUCCCGUCGGCCACGACUGGGCUGGGUUGAGGGCCGCCUUGCUGCUCGCCGGCGGCGAUGGUGGUGGUGCUGCGGCGGAUGAUAGGCACAGGGAAAAGGGCAGGGGGGCCGGUGGUGGUGGUGGUGGUGGUGGUAGUUCGGGCGCGGGCAGAGAGAGUGCUCCUCCCGGUUCUCCGAGGCCAGGCGGCGGGACGACGACGACGACCUUAAGGUCGGCCAAGUCCAGGCGCAAGUCGGCGCCCGCGGACGCGGCAAAGUUUCAUCUCCUCCGCAGGAUGCGUGACUCGGCCGGGACGCCCACGGUCACCUCCUCCGCCCGGCCGAUCGCAGCCGGCGAUGGCACCAGGAUGGGCGGGGGCGGCGGCGGUUCUCGCAGCAGCAGGAGAGGCCAGGACGACAGUGACAUUGACAGGACGGACCGGCAGAGCGUGGCUUCUGGUGUUGCGGGGGCCCUGCUGGCGGGCCCCAUUUCUGCGGCGCAGCUGAGCUUGGGCAAGAGGCUGAAGAAGCAGCUCGAGGAUUCGGGGCGGCCGGGGACGACGUCGAAUGGUGGGUGAUGUAAUUUAAAUGUAACGUUUUAAGAUUUUGUCUAUCGGAGCUGUACGUCAAGCUGUUGGGAAUGAGUGAAAUAUAGCGUCGCGGAACUUUGGUGAGGCAGGGGAAUUUUCGUUCGGAUGUGCUGGUCAAUGAACGAGUCUUGAGCUAGUUCCGCUUUGAUACUAUAACUUCAAGGAAUAUCUGACAAUUCAGGGCCCU